AUUUUCUGAUACAGAUGAUGGGAUGGGAUUUCUGAACUUUUAUGCAAUGGGUUCUUUUUUUGCUCCAUUUAUGUUCAUUGUCUGGUUUCUUUUGACGUUUCAUAAUUUUGACACAGAUUAUUUUGGCUGCAUUAACCAGUUUUGGCUACUGGGUUGUUUUCUUUUCUUUUCGAUUUGCUAUGUCAUUUCUGCCAACUGUUACCUCUAUGAUUUCGAGACUUCUGCUAUCAGUUCCUUUUCAAAUUCCUAGUGGAAAUUUUGUUGUAUUUGCAUUAUUUCCCAACAUUUUUCGUCAUUAUUUUCGGUUAAAUUAUGACAUUAGUCCCCAUUUCAUCUAUUUAAUCCGUCAGCUUUAAAAAAUUUGAACACAAAUGUUACACGUUCAUUAGGCUAUAGAGUUGUUUGGCACAUGAUAAAAACUCGGCCAAAAUUAAUUUAGUGAGCAUAUCACAUUAGAGUUCUAGCUAGUAGUGGUAUUAACUAUUGAGACUAAAUUACAGCGUAACUCUAAUUGCAGGCUCUUAAUUAGAAUUUUUAGAGUCGAAAGACUAAAUAAGAGUCGUAAUAAGGUUUAUAAGAUAUAUAUGAGCUACGAAAUGACUCUUCUCCUUGCUAAUUGAUUUUGAGAUGAAAUCCAUGAAUAUUUAUAUGGUAUCAGAAUCCAACUCACUCAAACGAGCAAAUGGGUUACUUGUCGAGAGGUAAAAGUGCCACCAUCUUUAAGGGUGCACAAGGAUCCUACAUCAAAAAGACUAACAGGCCUAACAAGUUGUGAAAAAUAGGAAGCACAAACUACAGCAUGGAAGAGAAGGGUGGAAUCAAGAAUGAUAUCACUGAAUUAAUAGGCAAUACUCCAAUGGUUUAUCUAAGUAAAGUGGCUGAUGGUUGUUUUGCUCGUAUCGCCGCUAAAUUAGAGACGAUGGAACCGUGUUCUAGCGUCAAAGACAGGAUCGCGCACAGUAUGAUUCAAGAUGCAGAGGAUAAUGGCCUGAUUACACCAGAAAAGACCGUCCUAAUCGAGGUUACAAGCGGUAACACGGKCAUUGCUUUGGCAAGCAUUGCAGCAGUGAAGGGCUACAGACUUAUAGUCGUUAUGCCAGCUUCGUAUAGUCUCGAGAGACGAAUUCUGCUUCGAGCUUUCGGAGCCGAGCUGCACAUCACAGAUCCUGCACUUGGACUUGAAGGACUUCUAAAGAAGGCUGAAGAGAUAAUGCAAGUAACACCCGAUUGCUAUUUUCUCAAGCAAUUUGAAAAUCCAGCCAACCCAAAGAUUCAUUAUGAAACCACUGGGCCAGAGAUAUGGAAAGAUUCCGGAGGAAAAGUCGAUGCUUUGGUCGUCGGGAUCGGAACUGGGGGAACGAUAACUGGUGCCGGGAAUUUCCUCAAGGAACAGAACCAGGACAUUAAGGUUUAUGCAGUGGAACCAGCAGAAAGUGCAGUGCUAAGUGGAGGGCAACCUGGCAAGCAUCUCAUUCAAGGAAUUGGGGCUGGCUUCAUCCCUCCUGUUCUUGAUGUCAAAGUCUUUGAUGAAGUUAUUCAGGUAUCAAGUGAGGAAUCAAUUGAAACUGCAAAGCUUCUUGCAUUAAAGGAAGGCCUGCUUGUGGGGAUUUCAUCAGGUGCAGCAGCUGCUGCUGCAAUUAAAGUGGCGAAAAGACCAGAAAGUGCAGGAAAACUCAUUGUUGUGAUCUUCCCAAGCUUUGGCGAGCGAUAUCUGUCGACAACACUGUUCGAUUCCAUAAGGAAAGAAGCGGAAAAUAUGACUUAUUAAUGAGUUGUUGAUAGGCUUGAAAAUUUGCAGAAUUAAAUGAAGCGUGUUAAAUAGAAAAAUUAGGAAAAAUGCAUAUGUUGCUACAAAAUUUUAAAUAAAUUAUUAUUGAAUAAGUAUGAAUUUUAUAGAUAUUUAUGCAUAGUUAUUAAAUCAACCCUACUUUUUAUAUUAU